GAUGGAAGGUUUGAAGUUGAUUCGAGAUAUAUAAAGGAAUAGCUUUCCCUCAACGGCCAUAAUUCUUCGGUCAGUCCAACCACAAACACCGAAGCCUCUAAAAUUUUUAUAUUUUUCGCACUUCGCUCAAACAAAAUGUUCAAGUCUUACAUCCUCCAGGCGAUCUUUGUGUCGCACAUUGUCGCCAUGGCCAUCCCAACUGUUGCAGGUACGUGUUAAGAUAUAAUUUUAGAAUACUAUUAUUAUGCAAGAGAAAGGACUUCAAACUAACAGCUAAAAAAUAAGUCGAUGCCGCCAUUGUUAGAUCAGUGGGAGAUGCAGAUGCCGAUGCAGAUGAAUUAAUAGUUUAUGAUCAUCGGCUCUGGAAGAAGGAAGAAGCUGCCAGUGAAGUCGAUGCGGAUGAACUAAUAGUUUACGAUCACCGAGUCUGGAAGAAAGACGAAGCCGAUGCAGAUGAAGCAACAGUCUAUCCCCGUCCAGCCUGGUAGAGAGAAGAUGCUGAAGCUGACACGGACGAAGCGACGGUCUAAGAGAGAUGAAGCUGGAGCCAAUGUACGUGAAGCAACGACCUAUGAAAAACCUUCAGUUUGGUAGUGGGGUGUAGGAGGAACAGGGGAGCAGUGAAGCAGUGGAGUUGCAACGACUGAUGAUAUACUUCCACAUUCGUUUUAUUUCGGCAUUAUACCAAUCGGAGAAUCAAUGAUUUAUCCCUCCAAACAUGCUAAAUCCAGUACAUUGCUUCGUGAUA